UUUUAUGCUUUUUCAGACAUUCCUUUAUUCUUAUUUCCAUUAUUAGAUCGAACAUGUAUCCAUUUUUGGCCACACAACAAUAUAUCAAUGAAAUGUUAAGAUUAGCUGGACCUGGAAUGAAAAUAAUUUUAAUGGAUAAAGAAACGACUACAAUUGUUUCGUGUGCGUAUACUCAAAGCGAAAUGAUGUUAAAAGAAGUGUUUUUGUUUGAACGGAUAGAUUCUGGAAUUAUUAGAGAAACAAUAAAAUUUCUAAAAUGUAUAGUUUUUGUUCGGCCAACACCUGAAAAUAUUAAACUUUUAUCUGAUGAACUAAAAUCUCCUAAAUAUGCGCAAUAUUAUUUAUACUUUUCAAACAUAAUCUCCAAAGCUGAUCUCAAAACAUUGGCUGACUCUGACGAGCAGGAAACUGUUAGAGAAGUUCGUGAAUUCUACGCUGAUUUCAUUCCUAUUUCUCCAUAUUUUGUUACACUUGACAUUCCAAAUCCAUACACUUCUCAACGCUUUUUAUUUUCGUCUUCGUCAUUUAGGCGAUGUUUACAAGCUUUAACAGCACUUUGCCUUUCUUUGAAUAAAAAACCUUCAAUUAGAUAUCAAAAAACAUCAAGCGACGCCCAAAGAUUGGCAGAGGAAUUAAUAAAACAACAAUCAAAAGAUGUAACAUUAUUUGAACAGUGUAAAACUGACGCCGUUUUGAUUAUUUUUGACAGAAGCGAAGAUCCUGUUUCUCCACUUUUGAAUCAAUGGACUUAUGAAGCAAUGGUUCAUGAAUUAAUUGGUAUGCAUAAUAAUCGUGUAAAAUUAGGGAAUGAUGCUAAAGAUGAACAGAAGAAUUUAAUUUUGAGUUCCCAUCACGACGAAUUUUAUUCAAAGAAUAUGUUUUCAAACUUUGGUGAUAUUGGACAGAAUAUAAAGUGCUUAAUGAAUGAUUAUCAACGCAAAGCACAAACACAUCAACAAUUGGAAUCUAUUGUGGAUAUGAAAAGGUUUAUUGAACAAUAUCCUCAAUUUCGAAAAAUGACAGGGACCGUCUCCAAACAUGUACAAUUAGUUAGUGAACUUAGCCAUCUUGUGACAGAAUGGAAUUUAUUAGAAAUUUCUGAAUUAGAGCAAAAUAUAGCUGUUGCAAAUGGUGAUCAUCAAACUUGUAUAGAAUCACUUAAAAGAAUACUUCAACAUCCAAAAACAACUGAAUUAAAUGCACUUCGUUUAGCAAUGCUUUACGCUCUUCGAUUUGAAUCUUCUGCAAACAACUCGUUAAAUUUAAUUUUAGAUUUAUUACGGCAAAGGGGAAUUACAAAUCGAAAUAUUCAACUAGUCAAAAUUUUAUUAGAAUAUUCUGGCCACAAAAAACGACAAAGUGAUUUAUUUGGUAAUAAAUCUGCUAUGGAAAUGACUAAAAAAUUUAUUAAAGGCUUGAAGGGCGUUGAAAACAUUUACACACAACAUGAACCUUAUAUUACACAGUUAAUUGAAUCUGUUAGUCGUGGAAAAUUACCUGUUUCUCGUUUUGACGAAAUAAUAAUUUUUAUAAUUGGGGGUGCUACUUUUGAAGAAAGUGCGGCGGUAGCUCGAAUGAAUGGACGAGGGAUGACUAAUUUAAUUGGCCAAACCCAGACAACCGGAUCCUCACCUCUUCGAGUUGUACUUUGUUCUAAUUAUGUACAUAACACAAAAAGUUUUAUAUCACAACUUGCGCAAUAUAAUUCUGUUGCAAAAAGUGAUGGGCCGUUUGAUUUGUCAUCUAUUCCUUAA